AUGGAUCGAACCACCACCUUCGCCCCGGCAAAACAGUCCCUCCCGCGCCCUUCGUCCGUCGCGUCCACAAACACUACCUCGACCAACAAAACCCGGCAGUACGCCCACCUGCACGCGCAACUGGCCCAGCUUAACGCGCACCUAGCCGACACGGAGAACCUGCUGAGGAUGACGGCCGUGCAGGCCCAGGACAUGCGGUUCUUGGGAGGCUACGUCGGGGCGUUGUUCAUGGGCAGCGCCAAAGUACUCGGGGAGGAGAGUGUACAGGGCAGAGGGAAGAAGGAGGACGAAGGCAGAGAUGGACAGAAAGACUCGUGA